AUGCUCACUUGCACAGUUGCCGUUGCUUCUGGAUUUGCUGUGUACUACUACUGUAACGAGACGGGCACUGAUACUGUCGAUGACGGAACACAGUAUGGUGUGAAUACCGAAUCUAUACAAGCAGAUUGGAUGGAUAGUAUAAGUAAAGGAUCGAAGUCGGAAAAAAGAGGUAGUGUCAUGGCAGCUCCAAAGAAAUCUCGUAAAGGUACAGGUGAACAGCAGCAAGGGUCGACGAAAGGAGGAUUGGGCGGAUUUAUCGGUGAACUGCUGCAAGGUAUAGGGGAAAUGCUGCAAGGUGCAGGUAGACAGCGGCAGUCCACAGCAAACACAGGGUGGGUUAAAGUUACAGGUGCACAACAGCAAGAUCAGAGUUCGAUAAACAGAGAAUGGAUAAAACGUGCAGGUGAACAGCAGCAAGAUCAGAGUUCGAUAAACAGAGAAUGGAUAAAACGUGCAGGUGAACAGCAGCAAGAUCAGAGUUCGAUAAACAGAGAAUGGAUAAAACGUGCAGGUGAACAGCAGCAAGAUCAGAGCUCGAUAAACAGAGAAUGGAUGAAACGUGUAGGUGAACAGCAGCAAGAUCAGAAGUCGACAAACAAAGGUGCACAACAGCAAGGUCAGAGUUCGAUAAACAGAGAGUGGAUGAAACGUGUAGGUGAACAGCAGCAAGAUCAGAGUUCGACAAACAGAGAAUGGAUGAAACGUGUAGGUGAACAGCAGCAAGAUCAAAAGUCGACAAACAGAGAAUGGAUGAAACCUGUGGGUGGACAGCAACAAGGUCAGAAGUCGACAAACAAAGAUUCAAAUGUUCGCUCUGGAAAUUUGACAACUUCCGGUACACGAGUGGAAACUAUAAAAACUGGAAACAACUCUGGCAAGACGAACACUGUUACGGUCAAAAAGGAGUCUUAUACAAGGAAAGUCAAACAAUCGACCACUACUUCUGACCCAGAACGACUGAAAAAUGUCCCAGCGCUGUCAGAUGCACGACUUCUGGCACCAAUUGAAAAUCCACAAGUGCACAAAAUUGAUGAACCCGCAGACAGUCUGUCUAAAGUCGACAACAACUAUGUGUUAAGCCAACAGAAAAAUGAAACGAUGUCAAAGGAAACCAGAGAGGUAGUAGAACCGAGCAAACAAUAA